AUAUGUUCAAAAUGGAAUAUACCUACAGAUUUUAAAACUAAGCGACAGGCAUUUGCUAAACAUUAUUUCGAUGAAGUAGAUGGAGAUAGACGUUUAAAUACAACAAAAGAUAAUUUUAAAGUCAAGGUUUUUUUUCCAAUUAUUGACACCGUUUUGUUUCAAAUACGUAGACGAUUUGAAGGAUUAUAUGAAGUUGCAAGUACGUUCAGUUUUUUAAAUCCUUCUUCAUUAAAAGAAAACAAUGAAGCUGAUAUCAUCAAAGCAUCUUAUGAUUUUGCUGUAAAAUACGACAUAGACAUUAGUUCUGAUUUUACUCGACAAGUAUUGUCUUUUAAAUCAAUUAUUAAUCAAAUUGAAUUGCCUAAUAUCCUUAGUAUGGCAAAUUACAUAAUAGAUAAUGAUCUUUCAAGUAGCUUUCCAGAUAUUAUUACUGCAUGCUCGAUAUUUUUAACUAUACCUGUAACUGUCGCUUCAGCCGAACGAUCAUUUUCUAAAUUGAAACUUGUGAAGAAUUAUUUAAGAAAUACGAUUUCUCAAGAAAGACUCAAUAAUAUUUCAAUUUUAAAUAUAGAAAGAGAGCGCACCGAAGAACUAAAUAUUGACCAAAUAAUUAACAAUUUCGCAAAUCGAAAAGCAAGAAAAAAAAAUUUUAAA